UUAUACAGUGUAGUAGAUCUAGAUUUCUAUCUAGAUUCUAGUCUAUGCAUACAUGCUUUUAUAAUUACGUUCUGUUGCAAUUUAAUGAAGAGAUCAGCUGAGAUGAAGCUUCUCCUUGUAGCCUGUCUAGUUGCAGUGUGCAGUGCUGCCCCUCCUGUUCCAAACAUACCUCAGACUUUCUGUGGAUCUGGGGAGAUUUUUGUCAAUGGCUCUGCAGACAUUAGCAAUUAUAAAUUUUUGACGUGUCGUGACUAUGUCAACCAGAUGGAGGUUGGAAUAAAUAUCUACAAACAGUUGACGACUGAGUCACUACUCCGAUAUGACCAGAAAACCGGUCACAUCAUGGGCUACAUCAUCACAGGGCCUGAACAAUGUACUUCUCAGAUUACGAAUAUCACCAAACUGCCUCCUAUAUUUGACUGGGUUAAGUCAGCAACGUACGAGGGACAGAAGAAAAUCAAAGAAAUGAGUUACGACAUAUGGGGACAGACUGUUGCUGGUGUGCGUUUGGAGCUGGCUGUAGCCCCUGGCAUUCCUAAUGUGCCUGCCUACUACACCCUGGACUACACCAUGCAGGUCGCUGGUGAGCGUUUUGAGCUGGCUGUACCUCCUGGCAUCCCUAACGUACCUGGCUACUACAAUGGCAAAGAAACGGAUUUAAUUGUGGAAUAUAAUUUCAUGAGCUUCAAUGCUACUAUCUCCGACCCUAAGGUGUUCGAUGUCCCCCCUGUGUGCAAGAAACCAUGAACACACUAGUUGAACCAUGCAAUGAUCUUACUGCAUGUCCUUUAACUGUUAUUCAUUGCAAAUCCAUGAUUGUUUAUGCUAAUUAGAAAA